AUGGAACAGAUUAAUGAGACCUUGGUGAGAGAGUUUGUCUUCCUUGGCUUCUCCUCCCUGGCUAAGCUGCAGCAGUUGCUAUUUGUGGUCUUUCUGCUCCUCUACCUCUUCACCCUGGGCACCAAUGCCAUCAUCAUUUCCACCAUUAUGCUGGACAGAGCCCUCCACACGCCCAUGUACUUCUUCCUUGCUGUCCUCUCCUGCUCAGAGACCUGCUACACCUUUGUCAUUGUCCCCAAGAUGCUGGUGGACCUCCUGACCCAGAAGAAGACCAUCUCCUUUGUGGGCUGUGCCAUCCAGAUGUUCACCUUUCUCUUCCUAGGCUGCUCUCACUCCUUCCUGCUGGCAGCCAUGGGCUAUGACCGCUAUGUGGCCAUCUGCCACCCCCUGCGCUACUCUGCACUCAUGAGUCAAGGAGUGUGUGGGGGGCUGGUGGCAGCUGCCUGUGCCUGUGGCUUCACUGUCUCUUUGGUCACCACAUCUUUGGUGUUUCAGCUGCCCUUCCACUCCUCCAAUCAGCUCCAUCAUUUCUUCUGUGACAUCUCUCCUGUCCUCAAGCUGGCAUCACACCACUCCCGUCUUAGCCAGAUAGUCAUCUUUCUGCUUGGUGUAUUUGUCUUGGUGAUUCCCCUGCUGCUCAUCCUGGUAUCCUACACUCAGAUCAUCUCUGCCAUCCUAAAGAUCCCUUCCACUGGAGGAAGGCACAAGGCAUUUUCUACCUGUGCCUCUCAUCUCAUUGUGGUCACUGUCCACUAUGGCUGUGCCUCUUUCAUUUAUUUGAGGCCCAAAUCCAACUACUCCUCUAGCCAAGACAGCAUCAUAUCUGUGUCUUACACUAUCCUUACACCCUUGUUCAAUCCAAUGAUUUAUAGUCUGAGAAACAAGGAAUUCAAAUCAGCCCUUCAAAGGGUUAUGGGACAGCUUUUAUAUCCUGUUCAUUAA